AUCAAAGAAUAGGCCCAAAACGAAGGGGGAACCAAAUCAGGCCCAUUUUAACGUGAUCCAAGAAAGGGACGAACUCGAGUUUGGACUCAGUUUGGCGGCAGCAGCAACAUAGGAAGAAGAUGAAGUACAAUCCGAGAGUGAGCUCGUCCCGGAGGAAGAACCGUAAGGCAUAUUUCACGGCGCCUUCGAGCGUAAGGCGCGUACUGAUGAGCGCGCCUCUCUCCGGCGAUCUCCGACAGAAGUACAACGUACGGUCGAUGCCGGUCCGCAAGGACGAUGAGGUCCAGGUGGUUCGCGGCUCCUAUAAGGGGCGUGAGGGCAAGAUCGUGCAGGUAUAUCGCCGGAAGUGGGUGAUCCACAUCGAGAGGAUCACGCGGGAGAAGGUCAACGGCACAACGGUCAACGUCGGCGUCAAUCCGUCGAAGGUUGUCAUCACGAAGCUGAAGCUUGACAAGGACCGGAAGUCGCUGCUCGACCGGAAGGCGAGAGGACGCGCCGCCGCGGAUAACGACAAGGGGACAAAGUUCACCGCCGAGGAUGUUAUGCAGAAUGUGGAUUGAGCUAAGUUUUCGUUUCUAAUCUUAUAAUAGGCGUCUGCAAUUCUUGAUUUAUGGAUUGAUUCUGGAAUAACUGGUUAUUAUGCAAUGUGUUUGAGCUGAAAUUUGGAUUCUGGGAAUCGACUUUCUUCGGAUAGCAUGAAUAUUAUGCGUCGUA